AACCGGCACAAACGAAGCACUAACCAACCCACCUAGUCUCGACAUUUGUGCCUUCAAUGUGCUGCUUACUUCACGGACCCGUUGUCGAGCAACCUUUGGAAUUUUUGGUUACCCAGAAAAUCGGCGACUCGAUUGUCAAUCCUUUUUUGAUCGCUCCUUAUAUGAAAAGCUGGAGAAAUCCUACUCGGCGGUUAUCGGGGGCGUAAAGUCCAUCUCUGCCCUCGAAAUUGAAAGAGGAUGCCCAGGGGCGGCGCUACGAGGGUGCAGUGAAGUAAAAAAUUAACCGUGCCGAAAAAAUCGUUACUCGGGGCAAUUGAUAUUUUUUUUUACUGAAAAUUCACCCCCGCCCCCAUGAUCUCUACCCCUGAGCAUACCCGGAGAAUUUGGGCAGUAGAUGUGGUCUCUGCGCCAACGAAGAUAAUAAAUAACUAUUUUGCACCCCUGUGAUUUUUAGGAAAUGCACUCCGUAGGAUAGACAUAGGAUAAGGGCAGCGUUACACAAUCGUGUAAAAUUUCCAAACGGUUUUAACUACCUGUCUUCUUUUCCGGAGGGUCGCCCACACACAUUCAAAUCACAAAUGUCAUUUUAUCUUAGUAACCGAGAAAGGAAUUUUGGCAUAGGUCGCGUUUAUGUACUCGUCUUUAGACAAACAACCAUUCAUUGUACUCAAUGACAUCAUAAUCGGCUGCAGCAGUUCCUUUAUAAUAUUUUUUACAGACGCGCGCCAAGUUAAGUUGUACCUUAGCGACAUCUAGAAAUAAAUAUCUGCACUAAUGCUGCCAUAUUGUGAUUGAUGUAACUUUUUAAAAAUGAAAUCUUUGAGAAUAGGCGUAUUCGUUUCUGGUGAUUGAAGUGAUUUCAAUCGAUUUAAGUGAAUGCAGCGUGUUUUUUUCUGUGCAUUCAGUUACCUCCCACCACUAUUAACUGAGCGCAAAAUCACUUGCAACUGAUUGUAGUAAAAAGGUGGAUCACUUGCGUCAAUUCAAUUGCAAUCAGUAAUAAUAACCUCAAUUCUCAAACCUGUUUAUUUCCCUCUUAAGUUUUUAGCAAUUAUGACUUUGGUGAUUAAAUUUUGCUUAAAUUCUGAAGUAUUUACUCUGGAAGUGCCUCAUUCAGAAGAAAGUUUAUGGUUCAACUUAACCAAUGAUGAUGAAUUCACACGGCAAUACAUUCAAGAAUUGCACGCAGCAGGGCAGUUUCCAACCGUGCCCAUAAUUAAUGAAAUGUAUCGUAUAUACGAUGAUGAGAAAAUAUUGUUGUGGACCGCUAACGAUGACAAUACACAAGAGACACUAAAUUUAAACAAAACAGAAGAAGCAACAGACAAGCCGUCUCGCGAACCGUAUAAUCAAACAGAGGACGAUCGUGCCACUUGGACCAAUGGUGAAGUUUUAGCAUUAAUUGCUGCCUACGAAACCCAUAAAGAAAAUUUCAAUAGUGCCAAAAAAAGAAAGCAUGUAUGGGAAGUAAUUAGCAAUGAGCUUAUAAGUUUAGGUGUCGAAAAACAUGCAAAAUCUUGUGAAACGAAAUGGCGAAACUUAAUUCGAACCUACAAAGCUAUCAAAGAAAGAUAAUAAAUCUAAAACUGGAAGAGGAGCAUCCCGCUUUCUGUACUUUGACCAAAUGGAUGAGAUUUUAGGCAACAGUCCAUCAACAUCGUCACCCCAUACUGUAGCAAUAGGCAUCAACAAAACAGCAGUAGCUUUAGAAAUAGAUAAAUCACAAACAGAUUCAACAGUUACACCAACAAAAACAUCGAGUUCGUUAAAAGCAAUUUCAACACCAUCUCCAACGGAAUCAUCAAAUAUAUUAAGAGCAACACCAUCUCCAACAGUUGCAUCAACAUCUCCAUCAAGAGCAGCAUCACCAUCUCCAAUGACAUCAACAUCCUUAAAAUGCAAAAAAAAA